AUGCCUCAACAAGCUAUCGUUGUACACGACCUCCAAGCUGCCCAGAUUCAUGCCAAGAUCGACCUUCUGAUCAAUAACCUUGUCCACAUAAUAGAUACAUCCGGCAAAUUCUUACUUCGACUUGAUGAUGGUCGUGUGAUCGAUACAAAAGGAUGGAAUGAUUGGGAAUGGACUCACGGCAUUGGGUUGUAUGGUCUCUGGCAGUAUCAUGAGCUCACUGGCUCUUCUAAAGCACAUGAAGUGAUCCAAGACUGGUUCAAGAAUCAGCUUGCUAUGGGGACGACGAAGAAUAUCAACACCAUGAGUCCGUUUCUGACGCUGGCGUACCUUUAUGAGAAGACUAAGGAUAGCUCAUACCUCCCAUGGCUUGAUGCUUGGGCGGAGUGGGCUAUGUAUGAUCUUCAGAGAACACCUUUCGGUGGUAUGCAGCACGUUACAUAUGCUUCGUACAACGAGAAUGAGCUAUGGGACGACACAUUGAUGAUGACCGUCAUGCCACUGGCGAGAAUCGGCAAGAUCCUUGGUCGACCACAUUACAUCGAGUCUGCCAAGCAUCAGUUCAUGCUGCAUUUCAAGUACUUAUUCGAUCCUACCUCUGGUCUGUUCUACCACGGCUGGAAAUUCGAUACAGCCAGUCCAGGAGGCAUUGGUCAUAACUUUGCGAAAGCGCGAUGGGCUCGUGGAAACAGCUGGUUGACGAUAGUGAUCCCGGAUUUCAUCGAACUGUUGGAGCUUUCGCCUUGUGAUGCUUUACGGAUACAUCUUAUCGACACAUUGGACGCGCAAUGUCAAGCACUCGAACGUCUGCAAGCAGAGAAUGGGAUGUGGCAUACUCUUUUAGCCGAGCCAGAAGACCAAUGCGGCUAUCAGGAGGCAUCCGCCACAGCAGGUUUUGCGUAUGGUAUGCUCAAGGCUGUCAGGAAGCGAUACCUCAACCGAAGAUACGAGGCCGUGGCCAUCAAGGCGGCGAAGGCUGUGUUGCAGCGCAUAGAUGAGCAGGGUGAGCUGCAAGAAGUCAGCUUCGGAACAGCCAUGGGGCAUGAUCUGCAGCAUUAUCGAGAUGUACCCUUGACCAGCAUGCCGUACGGUCAGGCCAUGGCUAUGAUGAUGCUUGGCGAGGUGUUGCGGAUAUUCAUCUGA